GAGUGCUUGGGCGUUCUCGUGCCGAAGUGCAGUGACAAUGUCUACCAACAGCGGUGGUCUCUAUCCUUCGGCGAAUGUAGCAGUUUCCAACUACCAUGAUAUUUACGUUCAACAGCAACCCGGCCACGAAGAAAUAGAUAGCACAAAUACGACCUCCACCUCACCUCCGCCGAUAGUACCACAAACAACAGUGAUAGUUUCUUCGCACCCGAUAGCUCAAGCAAGCAGCGGGAGCAACAUCAGAAGCGAUAGUAGUCACCUCUACAACCCAUCAGCUCCCCAGCUGAUCGAAAACGCUGGGCCAAGUACGUCCCGCCGCGGAGAACCACCCAGUUACGAUGAAGCCGUGGACGUAGAAGCGCCUCCACCAUCCUACGAUUCGUUGUUCGGACGUGUGCGGGAGGCUAGGAAAUCCUCGCGAGGAAUUUUGGAUUUUAUAGUGAACAUCGUUAUUCUCAUACUAGGCACCCUCGGCUGCACCAUCGCCCUAGGAAUCACGAUUGUCAUUCCAGUCUGCAUGAUCGUAUUCGGUUCCAUCUACCUGUACGAUUGUCCUCAGGGAGAAUACAUCCCCGUUUAUCUGCUGGUCGGCGGUGGUUUCGGGGUGUUAAAACAGCUGCUACACCUGUCUACACGCGUUCGGAGCCGAGAGGAGCAGGAACUGGAGCGAUUACGGCAAACACCGACACAAACCCUAAUCAACUGCUUCAUGCUAGGUUGGUUUAUCAUUGGUUCGUUCUGGAUCUACCAGAUUUACGAACCCAAUUACGAUCCCGCCCUGGGCAAGUACUGCAACAAGUCUCUGUAUCUGUUCACCUUCUGGCUCAUUACAUCAGUUUACAUGAUGCUGUUUGUCGUUACUAUCGUGCUGUGCAGCGUCAGCAUUGUUAGUUUGUGCUUUCAUCGGCAAACCUAACCGUUACCGACGAACGUUUCUACGGAUGCAAGCGUUAGGCUGCAUCCCCUGACCAACACACAAAACUAAUAGAUAUUUCGUCCGACAAACAGUACGCUCUAGUUUAUUUGUUAAAACAUUUAUUUCGUAUCUAAUUAUUAACUCGUAGAGAGCGUCUCUUUGGUUUCUAGCAAGCAUCAUGAUGCCAAACCCAUUGAGCGAUGAAACUGUCGGAUAAUUUCCAACAAACGAUAUAGGUAGAAAUGUACGAAUUUACGUUUAAAUAGGUGUUUAAACGUUAGCGAUCGCACAAUCGAUGUGUUCUAUACGUCCUGAACUGGAAAGGAAACAUAUUUGGUGUGAAUCCUAAUAUCGUUCAAGCACAAUUUUUGAAAACAAUUAAAUUCAUUUUAAACACGUUGUACGUGUUCGUUACAGAUCUGUGGAUUAUCAGUUUUUUUGCUUGUGCAUAAAACAUAAUUAUUUCACAUCCCUGGGUGUUCGCGAAGUCGGACUGUUUAUAGGUACUUUUGAACUGAACUGUUACUGAGGAGCCUACCAGUGAUAGCCAUAUUUAUUUACUCGUGUCAUCGAAGUGUCUUUCAACUGAGCUAUCUAUUUAAAUGGCCAACACUAAAAUCAAAAUAAUUUUCUUUGUUCAUGUGACAAAAAUGUUCUCUUCCAUUUUGCUUUUUUUUGUCUUAUUCUUCAAAUUAACAAAAUCUCAUAGGAUAAGCUUUCCGGGAAAGCUCGCUGCACUUUGUGAUGUUUGAGCAAGUGCUUUCUUUAUCGGUUGCCCACAGCAGGUCAACAGCUUGCAUGAUCGAUGUAAUACACAAGCAUAAGUCUGGCGUUGCUUCGCUGGUCUAUUUACAACCAUAAUUAAGCUAGAUUUUUGUAAGAAAGCACAAUACAGAUAUACUACCUUGUAUUUGACGUUGCGCUCGUGAAAAAAAAACAUUACUUAAGAUAAGAACAAAACGCCAAAUCAGGAACGUUGUUACGUGGUUAAGUCCAGAAACUGCACACAGAAAAAAGCACUAUGUGUCGUAUGGGUAUAAUAGUAUAAAGUAUCAUCUUAUUAGUUUGUUACCAUAUUCAUACAUGAAACCGAUAUGUUACAAAACAACUUUAGCUAUGUAAAUUUUCACAUUGCUCCAGAAUUUGUUCCGCUGAUGGCGUUUUGUUUUUCUCUAUUGUUUGCAUAUGCUUUUCCUCUAUGCUACCGCUAGGAGCUAGUGUGUUUGCUUUUCAAAACUAUAUAUUCAUAAUUUUCGACACCACAAUGAUAAAUGGUGUGUUAAUACUAAUAACAUAUAAUUAAACGGUUGGAAUCAUGCAAAUUAUACAAGCAUAUAAAUAUAUAUAUAUACAUAUACAUAUAUAUUAGUUUAUAUGAAGCCGAUUUAUACAAAAAGAAAGGGGCUUUAUGAA